AUGUUUACGCUGACCAAGUAUUUCAAAUCGCCAUUGUCGACAAUUUCUUGGGCCUCCUCUUGCCUCGUCAAAUGGAAGCUCUGUACAGUGUUUGGAAAUCCAUUUUCGAAUCUAUCAUCUGCCAACCGGUUGUAUUCAUCUGGAAAAAAGAAAAAUGCAGCCCCGCCAUUAAAAGCAAAAGGAAAGAAGGCAACAACAAAGACAAAUAAACGGAAAGAGUCCAAUCCUCUGCUAAAGUUUCCGCCAGGAGCAGACUUAAAUUCGUUUGCUACUACGAGGAGCAACGCUGAAAGUCUGCAUCUUUCCAGGAGUAUUGAUCUAACCCAGCUUCAAAAUAGCAAGGAAGACAAUGAAGGCCUUCCAUAUUCCAUCAUCCGCGAAUUUUCGGCCCUGUGUGCUAAUGACGGGAUAAAAAUUUCUGCCUUCAAGCAGCGCAAUCGGUAUAUCAGACCUUGUCACAGGCGGCGAGCUUUGAUGUAUGCCAAUCGAAAAGAAAAAUACAAUAAGCUGAUUGGCGCAAGAGUCUCUGAACUUAUUAAAACUUACGGCCACGAAAUUCAAAUCCAAUAA